UUCCUGGGCCAAAACAAAAACAGCUCCCACUCACAGGGAGCAGCUAAUGUCAGCCACAGCUCCUGUCGUUAGAAAUCACUCUGCUAUUUCACCAUGCUACUGAAAUCAUGCUGCAUUUACAGCACCGGAGUUUUUUCUGUUCUAUUUUUGAUCUCGGGUAUCGUUUUGGUCUUAUCUAACGUGUUUCCACACUUCCUACACUCGCUGGUUGAAAAGCAAAUCGUUUUGAAGAAUGACACAGAUGCAUUUGAGGCCUGGGAGAAUCCACCAGCCCCUAUUUACAUGCAGUUUUACUUCUUUCAUCUGGGCAACCCCCUAGAGGUGCUGGAUGGGGAAAGGCCUGCAGUGUUGGAGAUUGGACCAUAUACGUACAGAGAGUACCGGCCAAUGGAGCAAGUGGACUUCCAGGAGAAUGGCACUAAAGUCACAGCUGUCAACACCAAAACCUACAUAUUCCAGCGUAACAUGUCCCGAGGUCCAGAGAGUGAUCUCAUCAGGACAGUCAACAUCCCUGCGAUGACGGUGAUGGAGCAAUUUAAGGACAACACAAUUGCGGUCAAAUUGAUCAACGACUACAUGAAGGGCGCUGAUGUAGGCCUGUUCAUCACCCGCACAGUGGCAGAGCUGCUGUGGGGAUAUGAAGAUGAACUGCUCAAAACCCUCAAAAAGUUUAAACCUAGUCUGGAUGAUGUUUUCGGACUCUUCUAUAAGAGCAAUGCUACCAACGACGGUGAAUAUGUCUUCUUUACUGGCCAGCAGAACUAUAAGGACUUUGCCAGAGUAGAUACAUGGAGGGGCACAAGCAAUCUGAGUUGGUGGACAACUGAUGAGUGUAAUAUGAUCAAUGGGACCAACGGAGCAUCAUUUCAUCCUGUCAUCACCAAGAAUGAGUCACUCUACAUGUUCUCCUCAGACCUCUGCAGGUCUCUGUACGCUGAGUAUGAGGGGGAUGUGACGGUGAAGGGGAUCCCUGGCUAUCGCUUCAGUCCCCCGAGCAAGGUGUUUGCCAAUAUGACCCUGAACCCAGCCAACGCAGGCUUCUGUGUCCCUGCUGGAAAGUGCAUGGGCUCUGGCGUGCUGAAUGUCAGCACAUGUAAACAAGGAGCUCCUAUCAUCAUGUCUUCACCACAUUUCUACCAGGCAGAUGAGAAGUUUGUGAAGGAUGUGUUUGGCAUGAAGCCAAAGAAGGAGCAGCAUGAGACUCUGAUUGAUAUCAAUCCGCUAACAGGAUUCGUCCUGCAAGCAGCAAAGCGGCUCCAAGUCAACGUCUAUCUCGAGAAAAUUCCCACCUUCAGUAAAACAGGAAAUGUGAGGACGGUGGUCCUUCCUGUGGUAUAUCUCAAUGAGAGCGUCCUCAUCGACGACGCGUCUGCCAUGAAGCUGCAGAAGAUCAUCGUCGAGCAGACCGUGGUGGUGAAUAUUCCAUUCAUGUUUAUUGGUCUGGGCAUCCUUCUGGGAGGAAUCUUCAUGUUCCUGAUGUGUCGACAGAAGAUCCCCGAGAGCCCCCAAGGUGAACAAGUUGAGCCCCUCUUGUCGUCAUAGCACCAAGCAGUAUGUAACAAUCAGGAGCGUUGCCAUAUUUGCAGUAGAUUUCUACAGUUCAUGGGUUUAAUGGAUCUGCAGUUUUUACCAUUGACUUCCAAGUAAUCGUUGUCAUUAAUAACCAGUUCCCCCUUUUCAUCUUUUUUUUCAAACCUAAUGGUUUCAGGAAUCAAAGUGAAGGUGUUUGUUACAGGGCUGGGGUUAAUGUCUUCGUUAUUAGUCAGUUGUAAUGUUGCUAAAAUCCCCUUUUUUAUUGAAUCUUAAAUUUUGUUGAUUUUUACCUCUAUAUAUGGGAUUCUAGAUUGAAACAAAGUAAUUUCAGUAAAUUAAAUCUCCUACCAAUCUGAUUUGAAUAAUCUGGAGAGUUGGCUCUGAACUAAUCAAACCUCCAGAUAUUUAAAUGAAAAUAUCUUGUAUCAUUAUUCACCAUAUCCCAUGUUUUGUGUGUGUGCGUAUGUUUGUGCGUGUGUGCAUGUGUGCGUGCGUGUGUGUAUAAGUGUGUAAGUGUGUGUGUUUGUGCGUGUGUGCAUGCGUGUGUGUGCACAUGUCCAUGAGAUGAGUGGCUGCAGAACUAAAUUAGUGAUGAAGGAAAACUGUCAACUUGUGGUUUUAAAAAUAUUCUUCCUUUUUUCCACAUCCACAUUUCACAAUUUUUAUGCCGUUGCAGAGCAUUAAGCCAAGUGAAUAACAAAUGACUGCUGGCAUAA